AUGGCCGAGGAACAAAACCAAGCAGACCAGCAACGGACGUUGCGAGAUUAUUUCAAGCCCGUAGUGAACGAGAAUUAUUCGGGCAUCCAACGUCAACAAGUCAAUGCCAACAACUUCGAGCUCAAGUCGGCCCUCGUCAACAUGGUCCAGCAAAACCAAUAUGGAGGCUUGCCGCACGAGGAUCCCAAUAUCCACUUGGCCACUUUUCUGGACAUUUGUGACACAAUAAAGAUUAAUGGAGCUCAUAUUGAUGCAGCAGCUGGUGGAACCAUCUUGUCAAAGACACCUGGGGAUGCACUCAAUCUCUUUGAAGACAUGGCAAUGAAUAGUUGUCAAUGGCAAAAUGAGCAGUCCACUGUGAAGAGAGCAACAGGAUUAUGA